AUGGCCAAGGAAAAGCUGAACUUCCGCAUUACGGGGAAGAGCAUCACCUACGAGGGCCACCGGGAGAAGCGGCCGAAGGAUCUGAUUGACAUCCUGGCAAAGAUGGGCGUGAGCGAGGACGUGGUGCUGCCCACCUUCCGCGAGAACAUCGAAACGCAGUCGAACUUCACGGAUGAGCAGGUGAUGGAGAUGUACGCCGAGGCAAAGGCGAUCCGCGAGGAGAAGAAACGGGGCAAGAACGGUGGCGCUGCCCCUCCUGCUGCUGCCGCCACAACCCCCUCCCACCCCCACACCGGCGCCGGGGAGCAGGAGCAACCGCAGAAGAUCACACUGACCUACGCGGGCAAGCAGUUCUCGUACCAGGGCCUGCCGAGCGGCAAGCGCAACGCGGUGAUGCAGCUGUUGUCGAAGCAGAAGGACGUGACACCGGAGAUGGCGGUGGAGACGUACCGUGCGAACCUGACAGAGGACUCCGCCACGGAGGAGGAGAUUUGGGAGAUGGUCCAGGCCAUGAAGAAUAAGAAGAGCAAGCACCACAAGGACGCCAACAGCACGGCCGAGAUCGCCACCUCGACGUCGUCGCCGAAGGCGCCGUCACCCGCGUCCGCCUCCGCCUCCGCCUCCUCGCCCUCCGUCCAAGAGAGCAACACCUACGACGCCAUCGACGAGCUGGCCGGCAUGUCAGUGAAGCAGCGCGACGAUCUGAACGAUUUCAUUCGGCAGGUGCUGGAGGGGCCGACGACGGAUGUGGCUGCGCUGCUGCGCGAGGAGCCGAAGCCGCGUCGCGAGGCCGAGGACCACAAGGCGGAGGUGCUGACGGCGCGCACGUCCGGCAAGAUCGCUGUGUACCUGCAGGAGGAGAACAACACGAGCGGCACGAAGCUGAUCUACGCGACGGCCUCAAUGACGUUUGAGGAGUUCCUCGCGGUGGUAGAAAAGAAGUUCGGUCGCAAGAUGGUGCUGUCCUUCUACGAGGGCGACGACGUGAUCGAGCUGGAUGACGAUGACGUGCUGGCUAUGUACCUUGAGAUGGUCGUGAACGGUGAUCCGAAGAAGCUGCGCCUUAUCUGCUCCAACCCAGACACCCGCGCGAAGGAGAUUGACGACCAGAUCACGGAAAACCAGCAGCAGAGCGUGAGCGCCGUCGGUUCGCAGGUGAUCACGACGAAGGCAAAGCCCUACUCGAACGGCGAGCUCACCGUCACGGAAGAUCGCACGUAUUCCGGCCACUCCCUGGCUGUCUACUGCUGCGCCUUUGCACCGAAGGGCGACCUAUUCGUCACGGCGAGCCGCGACCGCUCUGUCCGCGUGUGGAACGUGCGCACCGGCAGCUGCACGGUGAUGAAAGGCGGCCACAACGGCUUCGUGCUGUCGUGCGAUUUCUCGCCGAAGGGCAACCGCGUCGUCUCCUCGUCCGACGACCGCACGAUCAAGCUGUGGAACACGUCGUCGUUCAGCAAGAUUGCGACGCUGAAAGGACACGAGGACAAGGUGUACUGUGUGAAGUACAACCCCAGCGGCGAGUACAUCGCUAGUGCGUCGUGCGACCACACCGUGCGUGUGUGGAACGCGGACACGCAGUCCAAGCUUGUCACGCUGAAGGGCCACACGUUGGCUGUGUUUUCCUGCGCCUUCAGCAACAGCGACAACGGCAAGUACGUCGUGUCCGGUAGCGACGAUCGCAUAAUCAAGAUCUGGGACUGGGCGGCUGGUAAGGAGGUGAAGUCGCUCGUAGGCCACAUCGGCACUGUGUGGACGGUGGCCUUCUCACACAGCGACAAACUCAUCGUGAGUGGCAGCAUGGACUACGAGCUGAUGCUGUGGAGCGUGGAGACCGGCACGCGUCUGCGCUCGAUGGAGGGCCACAAGACUUCCGUGCACCACGCCCUCUUUUCUGAGGACGACAAGUACAUCUUCUCGUGCGCGCGUGACUGGAGCGUUAUGGUGUGGCGCACCCAGGAUGCGGAGCACGUAGAAACCAUCACUGGCCACCUCAGCACCGUGUACCACAUGGACAUCAAGGGCGACAAGCUGUUGACAUCCUCGCUGGACGACAAACUGAAGCUCUGGUCCGUGAAGCGCAACUAG